GGCGCGGCCGAAGAGAUUCGAGGGCACCGCUUCGAUUCUUCCAGGGACUGGGGCGUCGUCUCUGCUUCCCCUUAUCCUUUGGGCUGCUGCUGCUGCGAGACGUUGCCUUCUGCCCGGGGCUUCCCUUCUCGGCUCCCUCGGAUUGGGUUUGGAAUCAAUUCCUUGUUAAAGAGAUACGCGCUGGCCUGGGGUCGCCGAAGCUCAGCCCUCAUCGUGAUUGUUCCUGUGCCUCCCGGAGCUUGAACGACGUGGGGGGCUUGCUGGGGAGGGGUCUCCAAUGCAAAUCUGGGACCCGCCCCCCUCCCCAGCCUGUAGACCUCGGCGGGGCAGACGCGGCGAGCCCACCGUGGCCGGGUCGUCUGGCGAUGGAGGCGCCGAUCCUGCAGCCUUCCGCCGGGCCGCUCUGCUAGUGCCUGGAAGGGGCCCCGUCCCGUCUCCGGAGGGCCCUGGAGUCGCCGGAGCAGAAGAGGAGCCGCGACGAGGACGGUGGAAGCCCCGGACGAAAAGAAGCGCCGUCGGAUUGCCCGCCGUCCCCAGGGUCCAGCCCGCCUCUUCGCCGCGCGAGCAUGGUGCCGAUCGCUUGGACCACUUUCCUCCUGGCGCUGUCCGGGCUGCCUUGGGCUGCAGGUGGAGCUCCUGACCCUGCCAGCUCAAGAGGUCGCAGGCAGCUCUUACCUGUGAAUCAACCUGGGGUCUGUCGCUACGGUUCUAAGCUUGACUGCUGCUAUGGCUGGAAAAGGAGUAGCCAAGGACAUUGUGAAGCCAUGUGUGAACAUGGGUGCAAGAAUGGCGAGUGUGUGAUGCCAAACAAAUGUAAAUGUUUUCCUGGUAAAACCUGCAGUCAAGAUAUAAAUGAAUGUGGAUUGAAACCACACCUCUGUGAACACAGAUGUAUGAACACUCAUGGCAGCUACAAGUGCUAUUGUCUCAAUGGGUAUAUGCUCAUGCCUGAUGGUACCUGUGCAAAUUCCAGGACAUGUGCCAUGGUGAAUUGCCAGUAUGGCUGUGAAGAGGUGAAAGAUGAUGUGCGAUGCUUGUGUCCAUCAAGUGGACUGCAGCUGGCACCAAAUGGAAAAACAUGCAUAGAUAUUGAUGAGUGCUCUACUGGCAAAGCUAUGUGCUCUUUCAACCGUAGGUGUGUCAACACAUUUGGAAGCUACUAUUGCAAGUGCCAGAUUGGGUAUGAAAUGAAGUAUGUGAAUGGCCAAUAUGACUGUGUAGAUAUAAAUGAAUGUGCAGCAAAUACACAGAAGUGUGACCUCCAUGCAGAGUGUCUCAAUACUCAGGGCUCCUUCAAAUGCAAAUGUAAACUGGGCUACAGAGGAAAUGGAUUUGAAUGCUCUGUUGUACACGAAAAUUCUGUGAAAGAGAUUCCUAGGAUUUCUGGAGCUGCCAAAGAGAAAUUCAAGAAACUGCUUGUGCAUAAAAACAGUGUGAAAAAGCAUGAAGACAUCAAAAAUGUGAUUCCAGAACCUCCUGUGACUCCAGCUUCUAAAAUUCAUGUCAGGCCUUUAGACUAUGAAGAUGGCAUAUACAUAGAAGGUCGCUAUACCAAACAGGGGAAAGGCACUGAAGAUCUUGGAAGAGAUGAGAGAGUAGAAGAGAAAGGAGAGGUGGAAGGAGAAAGAGAAGACCAUGAAAACCAGAGUGAGCCUGAGAAGAAACUUCGAGGAGAUGUUUUUUCUAAAGAAGCUGCUGCUUUCGGUCCUCUCCCCGUUCAAAGAAAAAUUCCACGAGAAAAAGCAGAGCUGGAAGCGGACUGCAGCUUUGGUCAAGGGACUUGUGCCUGGCAGCAAGAUGCAAGUGAUGACUUUGACUGGAAUCCUGCAGAUCAUGAUAACGGUGAUGGGUAUUACAUGGCAGUUCCAGCCUUCAUUGGGCACAAGAAGGAUGUUGGUCGUCUGAAACUUCUCCUUACAGACCUCAAUCCAAAGGGCAUCUAUUGUCUCAUUUUUAGUUACCGACUUGCAGGUGACAAAGUGGGGAAACUACGAGUAAUAGUAGGCAACGAUAGCCAUACUCCUUCCUGGGAACAGAGCUUGGCAGAUGAUGAACAGUGGAAGACUGGACAGAUAGAAGUAUUUGUGGGGGAUGAAUCAUCAAUGAAUAUCACUUUUGAGGCAGAACGUGGGAAAGGUAAAACUGGAGAAAUUGGAGUGGACAAUGUUAUACUGGUUUCUGGCCUGUGUCCUGAAGACCACUUAACGCUGGCUAUCUGA